GUGAAAGUGAGCGAGAGGAGAGAGAAGCAAGGGAGGGAGAGAAGCGCCGCAAAGCGAGCAUGAGGUUUUCACUUUCUAUUCUCCGCUCAGUAGCAGUCGGAGGAGUCCACGUUGAGACACAACAGAAGUGCCUCCCCCUGAAGCCUGUAGCUGUUUGGAACUGCUAAGACACACCAGGAGUCCAAGGACUGCCAACCUUGCCCUCUGAGCUUUUUUGACCCAUGGUUGUGCCCCCAUCUCACCCAUAAUCCCUCCAUGCCACGUCUACCCUUCUCUGGACUUGUGAUUCUAUUCCAUCUGUGUGUGUGAGAGGGGACUGUCCUCUCACUGUCCCUCCACUCUCUCCCCUGCUCCCUACUCCCUCUGCACGUCGUGAGCCAACCAGAUCAAUAGCGUCUUUCACCAUCUGUCUCGCCUGACAGUUCAGCUGAGGAGAAAGGUAAAGAGUGUAAGAGAGAGAGAGAGAGAGAGAGAGAGAGAGAGAGAGAGAGAGAGAGGAGAGAAAUGAGCUCAUAAGUUGGUCCAGCCUGCAAAAAGCAAGCCGUCAGUGCCACAAUCCCAUACCCUGGGGGACAGGCACUGCAGGAAUCUCAUCAGUCUCAGUAAAAGGCUCUUAAGAUGGGCCAUAGAUUCUAGGAGACUCCAGGCCAACCUCCACAAACAGGCCUCGGAUAGAAAACACUUUUAGGAUGGAUUGUUUUAUUUGAUCUUCUUUAGUUUGAUAUCUCUCAGGAGCAAACAUUCGUACACACUGAGACCUCCCUUUCGUUUUUGAUAUCGGUCGCUCUUAAUCGACUACUCCUGACGGGUUCAAAAUGGCAGUCAACGUGACUCCUAUUCGGGACACAAAAUGGCUGACCCUGGAGGUGUGUCGUGAGUUCCAGAGAGGGACGUGCUCGCGACCGGACAGCGAGUGUAAGUUUGCACACCCUGCCAAGAGCUGCCAGGUGGAGAAUGGACGAAUCAUCGCCUGCUUUGACUCCCUCAAGGGUCGUUGUUCCAGGGACAACUGUAAGUACCUACACCCUCCUCCCCACCUGAAGACCCAGCUGGAGAUCAACGGCAGGAACAACCUGAUCCAACAGAAGAACAUGGCCAUGCUGGCACAGCAGAUGCAGCUGGCCAAUGCCAUGAUGCCCGGCACACAGCUACAUCCUACAUGUAUGCCGGUCCCCAUGUUCUCUGUGACGCCCAGCCUUGCCUCCAAUGCCAGUCCUGCCGCGGUGGCCGCUGCGUUUAACCCCUACUUGGGCCCGGUGUCGCCCGGCCUGAUGCCUUCUGAGAUCAUGUCCAGCGCCCCGGUCCUGGUGACCAGUAACCCCAACGUCUCCAUGCCCUCUGCUGCUGCUGCUGCCGCACAGAAACUCAUGAGGACAGACAGACUGGAGGUGUGUCGGGAGUACCAGAGAGGUAACUGUACGCGGGGGGAGAGUGACUGUCGCUUCGCCCACCCCUCAGACAGCACCAUGAUAGACACCAACGACAACACCGUGACCGUGUGUAUGGACUACAUAAAGGGUCGCUGCUCCAGGGAGAAGUGUAAAUACUUCCACCCUCCAGCCCACCUGCAGGCCAAGAUAAAGGCUGGCCAACACCAGGUCAACCAGUCUGCUGCCGCAGUAGCCAUGGGGCUCCCACCUUUACCUCCAUUACCAAAGAGACCCACAGUUGAAAAAUCCAACGGUGCCACCGCCAUGUUCAACGCCGCUGGCACGUUCCAGUACCAACAGGCCCUGGCCAACAUGUUCCAGUACCAACAGGCCCUGGCCAACAUGUUCCAGUACCAACAGCAGCAGUUCAUCCCGUCGGUACCCAUGAUGCACGGUGCCACGCCCGCCACUGUGUCUGCAGCCACUUCCUCUGCCACAAGCGUUCCCUUUGCAAACGCAACAGCCAAUCAGAUUCCAUUAAUAUCCACAGAUCAUCUUGCUAGGCACAAGUAUGUGACUCAGAUCUAGAAAUCUCAAGCAGAACAAUGAAACUGCAGUGUGCUGGUGUCCCACAGCUCCCCACUCUUCAUGCCUGUAAACGUAGAAAUCUGUAGAAGAUUAUUUCUAGAGCCUGUAACAUCCAACCACCUGUAAACUAUAGUGGUACUGACUGGCAUGUUGCUCUAGGAGGGUUCAGUUGAUCAUAAAGGUGGUGAACAUGUGCAUUCCACACACACACACACACACACACACACACACACACACACACACACACACACACACACACACACACACACACACACACACACACACACACACACACACACACACACACACACACACACACACACACACAACAACAACACUGGUGGGCCUCGUACGGAGAAGAACUAUUGCCAUCUACAGAAUGUUAUCAGCCAUGCCUUUAUGUCUGUGGAGGCAUCAUCCAUUUAAAACACAGGAUACACUUUCAAUGUCACCACGAGGUGAUAGUCACGCCCACUAGUUUGUCAGCAGACCAAGAUUCUCUUAUGUGUUGUUGUCAGUUGGGUUUCUUUAAUUCAUAUCAUUUUCAUGGUUUGCACAGUGAACAGUAAAAAUACCUAAUAGACAUAUUGGACUGAAUGAAUUGUGCAGGACUUGUUUGUAGAUGACUUGGUCCUUACAAGGCAAACUUGGUUGAAAUGGGUUUGUCGGUAUGGUGGCAAAAUGACAGCUGAAUGUUUUGUGUUUUUAAUCACAUUCCAGAUUUACUAGAUCUGCUGCAAACCCUAUGUAAAGAAUCAUAGACUGUAUGUAUGUAAACCCCGCCCCCCCUUUAAACAUGGAGCAUUAUGAUGUCAUUAGAGCCGUGUCACAGUGUUAACAUGGGUGACACCUUCAAAGUCUCUAGUGUCCUAGGUUCCUAGAAUGUUUGUCUGAAGUUUGUUGUCAUUAACAGAUGACCCAUUCAUGAUCUUCGCCUCUUGGGUACGCAGUUACCGACCUUAGGUUGUUUGAUUUACCUCUGUCCUUCUGUUGGUCUUCUUUUGACUUGCCUUGAACGUAUUCCAUGGUGUGAGUCAGACAGAGAAGGGGUCUUGGUUCUGUUAGGACCCGGUCCUCUCUGGGUAUAGUCUAUAGACUCUAGUUGGUUCUGUUAGGACCCGGUCCUCUCUGGGUAUAGUCUAUAGACUCUAGUUGGUUCUGUUAGGACCCGGUCCUCUCUGGGUAUAGUCUAUAGACUCUAGUUGGUUCUGUUAGGACCCGGUCCUCUCUGGGUAUAGUCUAUAGACUCUAGUUGGUUCUGUUAGGACCCGGUCCUCUCUGGGUAUAGUCUAUAGACUCUAGUUGGUUCUGUUAGGACCCGGUCCUCUCUGGGUAUAGUCUAUAGACUCUAGUUGGUUCUGUUAGGACCCGGUCCUCUCUGGGUAUAGUCUAUAGACUCUAGUUGGUUCUGUUAGGACCCGGUCCUCUCUGGGUAUAGUCUAUAGACUCUAGUUGGUUCUGUUAGGACCCGGUCCUCUCUGGGUAUAGUCUAUAGACUCUAGUUGGUUCUGUUAGGACCCGGUCCUCUCUGGGUAUAGUCUAUAGACUCUAGUUGGUUCUGUUAGGACCCGGUCCUCUCUGGGUAUAGUCUAUAGACUCUAGUUGGUUCUGUUAGGACCCGGUCCUCUCUGGGUAUAGUCUAUAGACUCUAGUUGGUUCUGUUAGGACCCGGUCCUCUCUGGGUAUAGUCUAUAGACUCUAGUUAGUUCUGUUAGGACCCGGGCCUCUCUGGGUAUAGUCUAUCUCACUAGUGAUGGAAAAAGGGUCAAUACUCUAGAAAAGGAAUGAUAGAAUGAGGAACUGUUGAAAGUUGCAUGAUAAACCAAAUCACUGAAAGGAGUGAGAAGUUUCAAAGAGUUGCAGCGUGGCAAGUGGUGGAAAAAGUACCCAAUUGUCAUACUUGAGUAAAAGUAUAGAUACCUUAAUAGAAAGUUAUUGAAGUAAAAAUGAAAGUCACCCAGUAAAAUACAACUUGAGUAAAAGUCUAAAAGUAUUUGGUUUUAAAUAUACUUAAGUAUAAAAAGAAAAUGUAAUUGUUAAAAUAUACUUACGUAUCAAAAAUCUAAGUAAAACCAUAAAUAUAAAAAAAUUUCCUUAUGUUUAAGCAAAGCAGACGGCACCAUUUUUUUUGGUUUUCAUAAUUAAUGGAUAACAAGGGGCACACUCCAACACUCAGACAUUAUUUCCAAAAUACGCAUUCGUGUUUAGUCAUCCGCCAGGCAGGACGCAGUAGGUAUGUCCACAUGUUCUCUUGACAAGUGUGUGAAUUUGACUAUUUUCCUGUCCCGCUAAGAAUUCAAAAUGGAACGAGUACUUUCGUUUUUUUUUUCAGGGAAAAUAUAAGGAGCAAAAGUACAAUAUUUUCUUUAGGAAUGUCGUGGAGUAAUAGUACAAGUUGUCAAAAUUAUAAAUAGUAAAGUAAAGUACAGAUACCCCCCCCCCCCCAAAAAAAAAUGAAGUAGUACUUUCAUGUGUUUUUUUACUUAAGAACUUUACACCACUGAGGGUGGCUUAUGGUUGAGUUGUUAUGUCAGUUUCAAUGUGGCGGUGUUUAUAAUUCAUUACAAUUCAUUCAACAACAACAACAACAUCAACAACAACCACAAAUCAUGUUAAGUGCGUUGGAAUAUGGUCUAUGACAUAAGAGAACUUGUGAAAAACACAUUACGUGUCAUUAACUGUGAGGUAGAAGGUAGAAUUUUGGAUAGUUAUAGACAAAGGUUGUUUUUUUCUCUUGUUUUUUUUCUCUCUCUCUCUCUCUGUAUGGAAGCAAUGGGGGAGUGUAGAGCUGUUUUCUAAAACCUGCUGCAUUGUGGGUGUUUGUUGGAGCAUGUUGAUUGAUGGUAUGAUAUAAAAGAGUUGGCAAGAGUUUGACCCUGAUUGUAUUACUCAUCCAAAGCCUUAGAAAACACCACUAGUUCGGCAACAAUGCGACAUGCCAUUUCAAAUCGUCCUCUUCUCCUAACCCUUGCUGUUUUGUCACCACACAGCGUGUACACGUUUUGUCACCACACAGCGUGUACACGUUUUGUCACCACACAGCGUGUAUAUGUUUUGUCACCACACAGCAUGUACACGUUUUGUCACCACACAGGGUGUAUACGUUUUGUCACCACACAGCGUGUACACGUUUUGUCACCACACAGCGUGUACACGUUUUGUCACCACACGGGGUGUAUACGUUUUGUGACCACACAGCGUGUACACGUUUUGUCACCACACAGCGUGUAUAUGUUUUGUCACCACACAGCGUGUAUACGUUUUGUCACCACACAGCGUGUAUACGUUUUGUCACCACACAGCGUGUACACGUUUUGUCACCACACAGCGUGUACACGAUUGUUGCUUGUGUCUUUCCUUCACUGAAAACAUGGUAUAUUGUUGUUGAUUAAAUACGUCGGUGAAGAAGAGGAAUGUGUUAUUUCGUUUUGUUUUAGUGCACGGAUUACAUUUUUGAGAUUUUUGUUAAAGGUGUUUUGUCUCGCUAGAUUUUCACCAGUAACUUAUGUAGGAUGCUGAAAAUUAAGUAAAUGUGUGUGUUUUUUUUUGUGUGUUCUUCAUACCAUAUUUAGUUUUCUGAAAUUUCAUGUAACAUUGAUUUAAAAAAUGUACUGUUAGUGUUAUGAUUGUAAAACAAAAACAAAACAUGUUUUUUCUUUUCUGUGAUCUGUAAGAAUUCUGUUAAAAUCUUGUCUGUUUGAGUUUUUCGAACAAAUAUAUUUGAUAUGGGUAUCUGACAUUGAGGAACUAAGUAGAUAAAUGAGGCCUGCUGUGGUAACCAUGGAAACCACAGAACACUAUUGUAAUAAUCGUCUGGGUCGUACACUCACUAGUCACUCUUACAUGGGAAAAAUAUUACUAAGAAAUCUUGUUCAUUUAUUUAAAUAGUAACUAUUGUUUGAAUAUUUAAAAUGUCCCCUGGAUGUCAGGCCGUGUUGAAAAACCCAGCUGCCUAUUUGAUCACUCUUAGGGGGGGGGGGGGCAUUGUAGUCGAGGUCAGGGGUCGGAGGCGGGUCGAACAUGGAGUACGUACACUGAUCUAUUCACUUAGCCACUAACAAACGAGGAGAAACCUAGGUUGUACUUUCUUUGCACUUCUGUACAUAGUCCCAAAAAAAGAGAGAGAAUUAUGUAUAAUAUUCAGAUGUUAUUUUGAAUAAAAAAAGAUCUAUAACUACAUGAAACUUUGUUAGGAUAAUUUUAAAAAAGAAUGAAAGGAUGAAACUGUUCUCGCUCUGUAAGUCCUUUCAGAAACACCAACGUGUGGCUCUUCUUUCUUUUGUUGUCAGCGUCUUGCAGUUCGCCAGGAAACCUUCAGGUGGUGCUGUGCACUAGCCUCUGGAGAAAACGGGCCUGACUGGGUUUGUCCGUUGUCAUGGCCACGCCAUUCCAGGCCCAACCAAUUAAAACAAGUCCUGUUUUAGCCAGGAGAGGAACGCAUGUUUAAGGAAAUAACAUAUACCUUUAAAGAGAACUAGUUCACGACAGAAUAAUAUUGAAUAAGUCGAUGUGUUGCACAGCAUUACAGUACGCAGUAUAAUAUCAACUUAAUGGACUAAAAUAAGAAAGAAAAACACAAGACAAAACAGUGGUUUAUUGAAAUGAUUCCUAAGAAUAUACUCGCUUCAAGAGUUAUAACACCUGCCGUAAAUACCUUACGUAUAACACAAACACAGUAUGUGUCAGUUCGUUUCUUUCUGUAUAGAAACUCUGCUUCUGGUUGAUGAAAUGGAGAAAAAUAUGAAAGUAGUUUACCAGGUAAACUAUGAGGAACCUGUAAACAGUUCUCCAUUCCUGUGUUACUCAUAAGGCUUAGUCCAAACCGUGAUGUGACUUUUCAUCUGUCACAAGCACAUGCCUGAUGUUAUAACAUGAUGCAAUCUGAACUGUACGUUUUCUCAGCUUGUAGCUCCCUGAUAGGAUUUGUGCCUGGUAGCCAGAUGUGCACCUCCUCUGCAAAGCACGUGCCAUGUAAGUGGUCAUCUAAAGCCACAAUCUAAAGCCAUAAUCUAUUUUCCAUAAAAAAAUUAAUCAAUAUUGAGUUAACAUUAUUCAUAAGAAUGAAGUUGCAUGAUUGGUUGGCCAGGGAAUUUUUUUUGGUCUCCCGUUUUAUAAAGCUGGUCUUAACAACGUUGAGGUAUUGAUGAAGAAGCACUGUGAUAACUGGGAAUGGCUAUCAUGUGGGAAUCCUUUCUCCGGGGUUCUAUCAUGUGGGAAUCCUUUCUCCGGGGUUCUAUCAUGUGGGAAUCCUUUCUCCAGGGUUCUAUCAUGUGGGAAUCCUUUCUCCGGGGUUCUAUCAUGUGGGAAUCCUUUCUCCGGGGUUCUAUCAUGUGGGAAUCCUUUCUCCGGGGUUCUAUCAUGUGGGAAUCCUUUCUCCAGGGUUCUAUCAUGUGGGAAUCCUUUCUCCAGGGUUCUAUCAUGUGGGAAUCCUUUCUCCGGGGUUCUAUCAUGUGGGAAUCCUUUCUCCGGGGUUCUAUCAUGUGGGAAUCCUUUCUCCUGGGUUCUAUCAUGUGGGAAUCCUUUCUCCAGGGUUCUAUCAUGUGGGAAUCCUUUCUCCAGGGUUCUAUCAUGUGGGAAUCCUUUCUCCAGGGUUCUAUCAUGUGGGAAUCCUUUCUCCGGGGUUCUAUCAUGUGGGAAUCCUUUCUCCGGGGUUCUAUCAUGUGGGAAUCCUUUCUCCAGGGUUCUAUCAUGUGGGAAUCCUUUCUCCAGGGUUCUAUCAUGUGGGAAUCCUUUCUCCGGGGUUCUAUCAUGUGGGAAUCCUUUCUCCAGGGUUCUAUCAUGUGGGAAUCCUUUCUCCGGGGUUCUAUCAUGUGGGAAUCCUUUCUCCGGGGUUCUAUCAUGUGGGAAUCCUUUCUCCUGGGUUCUAUCAUGUGGGAAUCCUUUCUCCAGGGUUCUAUCAUGUGGGAAUCCUUUCUCCAGGGUUCUAUCAUGUGGGAAUCCUUUCUCCAGGGUUCUAUCAUGUGGGAAUCCUUUCUCCGGGGUUCUAUCAUGUGGGAAUCCUUUCUCCGGGGUUCUAUCAUGUGGGAAUCCUUUCUCCAGGGUUCUAUCAUGUGGGAAUCCUUUCUCCAGGGUUCUAUCAUGUGGGAAUCCUUUCUCCGGGGUUCUAUCAUGUGGGAAUCCUUUCUCCAGGGUUCUAUCAUGUGGGAAUCCUUUCUCCAGGGUUCUAUCAUGUGGGAAUCCUUUCUCCAGGGUUCUAUCAUGUGGGAAUCCUUUCUCCAGGGUUCUAUCAUGUGAGAAACCUUUCCUCUUGGAAUCUAAUGAUUGUAAGUUUCUUGCUGUUGAGAAUAAAAUAAAUAAAUACAAAUUCAUAAAUUCAAUAAAAUAUAAGUGAAUUUG